ACUCGGUCUGAGGUCCUGACCCUGGCCACGCAAUGCAGGGUUCUGGUCACACACAGCCGCUUGCAGGGUAAGGGCCCAACUUACGACAAGACACACCAGAGAAAGUCAAAAGCAAUCGAACAAGCGUAGCAAACAAUGUGAGGGAAUGAGGUGAUGGAACAAUAGAUAAGGUGACCGAAGGGUGCACAGCUGAUGAAUGUGCACUGUAGAUGGGUCUGAGUCUUCUUACAAGUCCAAAUAAAUUUUGAGAUGCAAACAAAUGCACAAAAUACUCUGUCAAGUAUCAGAGGGGUAGCCGUGUUAGUCUGGUUCUGUAAAAGCAGCAAAGAAUCCUGUGGCACCUUAUAGACUAAUAGACGUUUUGCAGCAUGAGCUUUUGUGGGUGAAUACCCACUUCUACUCUGUGCGAUCCCCACUGUCCAUUAAUGAGCCAUUAGCAGUUGUCACCACCAGUGGCUUCGUGACACACAAGUAGGCCUUGAGGAGAAGGAGGCCUGGGGUGGCAGUUGUGAGGGCUAGUUGGGACAGGAACUCUCUGCACCUGGGAAGCAUGGGAGAAGUGGACAGACAGGCCGACAAGGGCGGCAUCGUCGGCAGAGUGGAGGCAGUAGGCCCAGACAAAAAGAAGCGCAGGCUGGACUCACACCUUGCUAAAUUCCGGCACCAGCCACAAGCCUUGGGGGAGCUGAAGGGAAUGAAACUGCUGGCUGCCUGCUUCAUGUACCUGCUGCUCAUCUGUCUGGCCCUGCCCAAAGCCGAAUGCCGACUCCACGAGCGAUCCAUGGAAAUCAGGAGCCGUUCUCCCCAGCAAGGCCUACAAAGGGCCAACAGACGGAGUUUCCUGGCCCAGCCGCGUUGCAGAUUCCAUGAGCCAGGAAAAGUCUAGAGGAACUUUCCAGACAGCAGAACUCAAAAACUUGCAGUUUUUAAUCAGCCUGUCCAGCAAAUCUCUUCCUACAACGUGUGUCACGGCAGCACCCGGUGGCACCCGACGCGAUCAGGCCGCUCUGUGCUAAGCGCCAGGCACACCCCUGGCAGUAACAGCCCUUCCUGAAUGAGUUUGCAAUAUAAACACACCAGACACAGGGGCGGUGACUUUCUCGAGGUGACAGGCAGGGUUAGAACCCAGCUCUCCUGACUCCCCAGCCCACCUGAAUUAGCUUGGGCAAUGGAGUUGCCUGGUGCUCUGGUGGUGGGGCAGCCUAUACACACACCGGGCUGUCGGCAGUCUCAGGAUGACAGGGCCCCACGUGCUCAUAGCACAAAGCCCAUGUUCUAACUGCCGCGAGGACGCACAGGUCGCAUGUCAGCAAGUGAGUCACUGCAGAGCCAGAGAACUAAGCACAUGGGCCAGAUCCUCAGCGGCUGUGAAUCAGCAGAGCCCCACUGAUUUCAAAGGAUCUGCUCCAAGCCAAGAAUGUGGCCCUUGGUUCCCGUCACCCCAGCAGGGCCCUGUUUGCGCUGCGUGGCUCAGGGUGCCUGCUGUUGGUUUUUAGCGGUGGUUGUGAAAGGGGCUGGACGGCAGUCCCUGGAGAAUCGAGUCCUGUGCUUCUCCAUAGGCCUGGCACAACGGGAACCAGACAGGGGAAGAGGGUUGCACCCCAUUCCCAGUGCCCUGAGUCACCCAGUCCUCUGUAUGGCUACCCCCUUCCCUCCUGCAUUACUGUGCAAAAGACAUUGUCAUUUUAAAAUAAGCGAAGGCCACGCCACCUGCUCACCACCGGCAAUGACAAGGCAGGUGCAACCACUGGCAAGUGUAUGUUACAGGUUGGGGCCUGAGCCUGAGCCACAGAGGAUAUGAGCGAUCACAGCCUAGAGCUUGGGAGCUUUAACUCCAGCUGGACCAGUCCAUGGUUUUAGCUCGGGAAGUCCCUCCUUCUCCAUCCCAAGCAGGUGGCUGUGACACAUGCUCAGGAGAAUUAGUCCUCAGCCUCACGUUCUAAAGACUUCCUGGCCUUUGCC